AUGUUUCAGCAAGAGUACUACUACUACAUGGACCAGUCGUCGGUGUGUGGCAGUUCGAGUACGAGUACUCCGCCAGGAGAAGAGUUGUGUUUGGUAUGUAGCGACGUUUCAACUGGAUAUCAUUAUGGCACACCUAGCUGCAAUGGAUGGUAUGUUGUGGUUCUUCGGUUGAAACAGGAACGGGAUUUGGUUCUAUAGUACAGGGUUUGGUUGGUCAAGGUGUUAACGAUUUUUUUGUCAAACUAUUCAUAUUAUGGGUUGUUUUUGGAUAAUAAUUGGUCAGCGAAGCGACCAGGUGGAUUUUUAUUUCUGUUAUGCGGGCUGACACUGUUGGCCAACUUGCUCUUUGGAAAAUUCUUAACCAUUUUGACUGAUCUAGUAUUUGGAAGGUCUUCUAAAUGAUUUUAAGGAUGUUUGGGACUUGUUUUUGUAGUUUAUAGUAUACUAUAGACACGAAAACGUUUUGAGUCUGAUACAACUCAAUUUGUUUAUUAUUUUUAACAUUGUAAGUGGGAUACUUUUAAUGAGAAAUUUUAGUACUAAACAGUAUUGUUUCAGCAAAACAUUCUUUCGUCGCACCAUAAUGAAGAACCAGGAGUUUACAUGUCACUAUGAUGGCAAUUGUAUUGUAGACAAAAGUAAGUACAAUAUUAUCCUUUUAAAAAUAUUAUUGUUUCCAUUGAUAGCUUUUAUGACAAUGUCUUUUUGACAAUAUUACUUCUUUCAGUAUUAUAAAUUGCUACUUUAGGUGUGAGAUGUGCAUGUAGACACUGUCGCUUUAACAAGUGUUUGGCCGUAGGGAUGCGGAGAGAUGCGAUACAACAGAAUCGAGAUCCUAUAGGGUAUACCAAAAGGACACGAAGAUAUCCGCCGAUCAAGAGUGUUGACCAUCAUUCGCCAGCCAUCUCGAAUCCUGGGUCUUCUGGAUCAUCCGUUAUCAAUGUUGUCAGUCCUGAACAACAAACGCUCCUUCAAUCUCAUGUUAAUAUUGUCACUCCUCAAGUUACAUCGGUAUACGAUGAUGAGCUGUUCAAUAAUUUGUGUCGGGUGGAACAAUAUGUCAAUCCUUUACGGUAUGUUUUAUUUUUGGAAAGGCUUUUGAACUUUUGUUGUAAUGAGAUGAAAUUUUAUUAAUGGUUUUAUGAAGUGGCAUUAAAAUUAUUGUAUAUUUUCUGAGAAGCACGAAAUUUAUUUUAGGCAUUCUGGCUAUGUGAUAUCAAAAUCUCUGGUUCACUCAAUCCUGCUUCCUUCAUUCUUCAACAAUAUUGAAUUUUUGAAGAGUAUCAACAUGGUAAGUGUGUUUCUUCUUUACUUUAAACAUUAUUUUAAGUGAUAUGAGAUUGUACUGAAAAGAACGGCAGAUUUUGGCGGAAUCAAGGUUAAAAUCGGCCAUUCUUCUUGGAACAACCUAACAUAAGAAGCGAAGAUUAAACGUCGUGUUUUACAAAAUUAAUUUAAGUUUUGUUUCUAGAAUCCCGUUAUGAAAGAUGGUACUCGGGUAGCCGUAUCAUUAGACUACCAAACUUGUCACGAGAAAGACUGGUCGAUAAUGGUCGAAUGGGCAAAGACAAUAGAUGUUUACAACAAAUUGGACGUCUCUGACCAGGUAAGCAACCAGUAUUCUUACUGUAAUAUCUAAUCAGAUAAUAGAACUGAUACGGUGUUUGACGUACAAUUGGUUACUGAUAACACUUUUUGUAACAGUCUUUCAAUCUUACUGUCUUUGUCUUAUAGACAUCUUUAAGAAACGACUAUAUAUUAUUUUAAAAAGGUAAAUUUAGAGUUUAAAAAAUCAAUUAGUUAUCUUAUAGGUUAUUUUACUACGGCAUUCAGCAGUAACAAAUGCUGCACUAAUGCAAUGUUUUUACACGGUCGACAAAGGAGAAGGUAUUGUUGUGUUCCCAAAUGGUUCUUAUUUCGAUCGAUCACCGGACUUGGGAAGGUAGGUUACAAACUUUUGUUAUACAGUCCUGGCGUUCUACUGUUGUUUUAUUGAUAAUAGUUUUAAAAAUCUUAUCUUUCAGGCCAGCCGGUUUCCAAAGAAAGAAGGUGAAGCUGCUGGACAACUUAUUACACCCGAUGAGACAGAUUGGUCUUGAUAUAAACGAAUUUGCUGCCAUGAAAGGCAUUUUCUUUUUAAAUCCUGGUGAGUAAUCGGACUAAAUAUUUUUGACUAUUUUUCAAAAAUAAUAAUCAUAUGAUAAGUUAACCCUGUUUUUAGACACAGACGACCUUUCUUCAGUCGAAGUGCGCAAUGUAAUAUCGGAAGCAAGACAUAAGUUGACGGACUCUUUGUUCCGCUACAUGUCCAACAAGGAUGGUCCGAUUAAAGCUGCUCACAAGUUUUCUAAAAUACUAUUAUUCGGCCCAUCGAUCGCCACAAUGGCCAUUGAGAUGAAAGAGGCUGUCCUGGUGGCCGACUUCUUCGAACAAGUUUGUUUCUCCCCGUUGGCAAAAGAAUUAUUAUUGGGUAUUUUCAAUCACAACCGGUCGAUAGAGGAUCAAAACAUGGUGACGGCCAGUGAUUAUGUGCCGAACACAGCGGAUGGACAACACCAAAGCAGUAUGAGUUUUGUCAAUGUCACUGCUCAGUUGUAA